AUGAAAUGCUGUGAGCUGGUUGAGAGCCGAAAGAGUCGACUCACACUGGAGGCUGCCAUUGAUUUCAAGUCCCUUCGAGCCAAGUUUCAAGAGAGCAACCAGCUGAAAGACAGGCCUGUAGUUCUGGACAAACCGAAACGUUUCCCUCCGUUAGCAAGUCGUGCCAAUUCCUUAACUUAUUCAUCUACUGAGGACAAAAUUCUUACCAACUUAAGAGACGAACAGAAGUUGCUAUCAGGGAAAUGGCCCAAUGCUGCCCCAUCUUGCUACUGUCCACCUGACACGAACGGCAUUGGAAGUGAUGUUAGAAGACGCUCGCUCAAAGAUCGUCACUUGCCCCUUGUGCUGCCGGCUUCGUCUUCAUCUACCUCUUCUUCUAACAUUCUAAAGCAGGAAGCCACCUCUUCCUCCAAGCUGGUAACGUCACCAAUUAAGUGCAAAAAGAAGGUCAUGCCUACACCGUUCAAACCCGCCAAGUUUUCCAAGUCCAUUAAGGACAUUCUGAAUAAUGCCGAACAUCCUGAAAGCAGCAAGCCACAGUCUGAACGCUACGCUAUGGAGAACGGAGUCAGCCCUCAAAAUGGUGGUUCACACUCGGGGUCAUCCUGUCCCAGCCCAGAUCAGCCAUCAUCACCAUCGCCUACAGGUGAAGAUCAAUCUAAUGGGGGUAGCUUUCCUUAUGUCCUCAGCACUCUGGAAAGAGCCAAGAAAAAGUUCUCGCCCAAGAACCUUCUGGUCUAUACCCGACCCAAGAGCUUUUACUCCAGUAAAGAAUCAUCAGAGAGCCCUUCCCCUCCUGCAGAGUAUGGAAACUUUCAUACAGAAUCUUUGUCCGUGACAUCAGGAUAUCAAGCUGAUAACUCUCCAACGCGAAAUCUACCUCAAACCAAUGGUAUAGAUCAUAGACCUGUUUUGCACCUGAAUGGUGAUAUGAAGCCAGUACAGCCUGGUGCUUGUGCUCCUCCUCUGAUUAAAGUCUUGCCAAAUGUGACAUCAUUAGCCCCCCUGCCUAAGAAACCAGCAAGGCCACCACAUGUCGAUUUGAGUGCUUACAGGACCCAGAAGCUGGAGAAAACAGCUAAAAAAGCCUCCACAAAUCUGGUUUCUGGAUCAGGCAGUGGUGGUCCUGAAGUUGUGGCUCCUGAGAAUGUGCCAGUGCCUCCACCUCCUCAGUUUGAUGUCCCUCACUUUCAAGAUUUUGCGAGUUCUGUGUUGGAAACAAUAAACCCCAAUUUAAUCACUGUUUCUAGUCUGGAGACGGAAGCCACAGACUUAAGUGCCACCCCUCCAGGACCUGAAGAUAAAGUCCAGAUGCAUGGUACAGGUCCUGCAGAGCCUGGAGAUUGGAAUCUGCAGGGAUCCAGUUUAGGGCAUAUGCCUGAUUCACAAUCGAUCACGGCACUUGAAGCUCAGCUCAUGGAAGCUGUGACUUCUGAGAUCACAAUGCACUGCCCUCAGAACCUACUGACUGAUUCCUACGUUAGCAAUGAACUUCCAUCAGAACCAAGCAUCAUCCAUCGGGAUGAUAAUUACGAAGGCUGUGAAAACGUCUAUGAAGAGGUGGAGGCAAUCAGCCGGUUUAAUUUUGGUCAUUCCUCCCGUAAACGGAAAGAAACUCCAAAGAAUCCCUAUGCUGAAUCACCUGGGAAGGAGGAAAACCGCAAGAGUGUAUGGCAUGUUGCACAGGGGAUGAGCAUGAAUACAGAAGCCAGUAAUAUGACUCCACCUGUCUGGGAUAGAUGCGUACCCUUUCAUAGUGCUGCAUCUGUCAGAAAGGAUCGCUUGAGCCCUGACCACCAGGAAGAGAAAGAGGCGCGGAAGAGAGAGAAGCAGCGUCUGGAGCGAGAGAAGAAGGAGCAGAAGGAGAAGGAGAAAAGGGAAAAUGAGAUGAAAAAGAAGUUCAAAAUCACCGGAGAGGAGGAGCCCAUGUAUCAUGCUCGUGUGCUGCUGGCUAGCAAACUGCGUAAACAUGAUCUGCAGGUGAAGAGCGGAGACACGGUCAGCAUCAUCCGCACCACCAACUGCCCCAAGGGCAAAUGGUUGGCCAGGGACUCGCAGAACAAGUAUGGUUAUAUUUCAGUGAUGAAUGUGGAGUUAAAUAUGAAGGAGAUGAUGGAGUUGGGGAAACGAGCCUCGCAGGCUAUUGGAAGAGGACACGGCGAGGGUGACACACUCAGUCUCAGCAGCAGGUCUUCAUAUUACAACCCUGUUCUCACAAGCAGCUUCACUGAUGAUAGUGAGGAGUGGAGCGGGGAUGAAGAAACCAUGUCUCAUUCAGUAGAAAACAUGAGUUCAAACAGAGCAGUCUCGAUGCCUGACAUGUUUAAGGCUAUUGCCUGCAAUCGCCAAGCACGGAGCGACGGCAGUGUGGAGGACGUUCCCUCACAGUAA